GUCCGGUGAGAACCCGGCGUGCUCCGUCCCGGCUUUGUAGGGAUGCGAGGUCAAUGGUCUAACGACUACGCGAUGAGCACGAGGGAACGCAUACCUACGCUUCGAGAGCUAAAGCUUGCGGGAAGGGUGGAGCGUGCAAGGGCUUUGUUUGGCCCCGGAGGAUAUCUCUACCCCCCUUCGACCACGCCGACAAUGGACGUGACCCCUGCCGCUACCCUCGCUAUUGGUGCACGUCGGCAGCAUUCGGGUGUUGUAGGGGAGGAGAAGGAGAAGGAGGAGGUGGUGGAGGAGGAGGAGGGAGCAGAGAAGAUAGGGAAAGGGAGAAAUAACCCACAGAGAUCGAACGUUCCAUCGAAAAGCUCCACUUCUACCGCUGUCGAGGAUCCAGAAGAAGGUGUCGGAGGCGGCGCAAGAGCAAGAGAAGGGUCAGCGCCGAUAGCGGAAGGGAGUUCGACGGGCUCCAUUGACACACAGCUGCCUAAACCAGCUCCACUGCCGCCGAAAGACACGAAAGCACGCCGCGGGGACGGAGAUGAUCGGGAUGAAUCACUGUCACCCAGUGAGCCACCCCGGAACGAAGUUGACCAUGGCACGAGCACGGCUGCUGGCUUCCGUCCGGGCGUCCCAACGGAAAGCGAUGGAGGGCACCACCGAGCGACAGCAAAACCCGUGCCACGUGGGUUGAUGGAUGAAGAGACACGGUACGAUGGCACCGGCGAGGGUCAACAACGAAGGGGAGAAGCCGGUCGCGGAGGGGGUGCAGUGACAACGGUGACCCUGACGAUUGUCGGUGGGAGGCCGGCGGGUCGAGGUUUCACCAGCCUGGAGCAAAGCGGAAAGACGCCUUCUGAAACGGUCGCCAGGUUUAUCGCCCUCCAGGCUGCGAGAGAAGGCAGUGAACUUUUAAGUGGUGGGUUAACGCACACCGUGACGAGCGCUCGCUGGUGCCCGACCAGCCGCGGCCGCGUGUUGAGCACUUGGGAGGGGUACUGGUGCCACAGCUUAUCUCCGGUUUUCUUCGGCCGAAGCGUUCUCGGCCGUCACAUGACUAAGGAGAUGGCCCGCCGUCGCCAGGAAGAAGAUGCCGCAGCAGCACAGCUCGCCGCAACUCCUUCUGGCCCUGCUGUGUCUACUGCCGUUAACACGAGUGGGGGCGAGAGUGGGGAAGAACACGAAACUCCCGACGGGACGCUCUCAUCCCCCCGCCCGACGUCCUCAACCAGCGUCAACACCAACCAGAGACUGAUGACUCCGAACGAGCGACUCGAGCUAGCGGAGAAGAACUAUCAGCUGCUGCUUCGACGCAAGAUCAAGGCGAAGCGCAAAAGCGGCGAAAUGGCCAGAGCUCGACCCUUUUGCCGACGGAUACCUUUGGACGAGGUUCAGGGAUGGAAGAAGGAAAUCGAGGACGAAGAGCAGUUACUCCGUGCACAGAGACGGGCAGAUAAUGCGAAGCGUCGAAAGGAACGGGCCGACGACUCCUUGAAGAGGGGCGAGAGGAAUCAACUGAAGGCUUGGCUGAUUCGCCACCUGGUCGCGAGCAACGAAGGCGACGGAGACCUUAUGGCUAAGGCCAUCGCGACUGAGGGGCACGAAAACGAUCUCGCGCUGUCCGGUGGCUACGCGGGAAAGGGUGCUCCGGGGCGAGAGUCUUCCAUGUCGGGCCGGAACAUGCGCCCAGGCGGGCGCUUUGCCUACGGGCAGGAGGCUUCCGCCGAGGAGAUGAAGAAGAAGGACCUCAUAAUCAAGGCGCAGCGUCGAUUCGAACAGGAGACGGAAGCGCUCCUCCGAGGGGUUUUCCGGUCAGCCCUUGCUCGUACCCCGACGCCUUCGACGGCGGGUAGUUCUACGUCCAACCCCGCGCCGAGUGUCGAGUUGCUCGAUGAGGCUGGAACACGUCGCACUUCCUCUUCUUCCUCCUCGCGCGGUGCGCCUCGUCCUAUUGGUCGAACCGAAACCGUGGGUGCUAAAGUCGGAGCCGACACAGCGUGUGCCCCUGGGAGCGUUGUUAGUGUUGGUGAUGGUGCAACCAGUGAAGAAUCGAGAGCAGGAGUUUCCCCCGAGGGAAACGACGGCGGCACCACUGCUGCCACACCACCCGCGACAACCUCCACCGCAGCUGCCGUUUCGCCCGCGGAGCAGGGAGAUCCAUCGACUGCCGCAGAAAACUUAGAACAAUCCCUCCCAGAUAAGGAAGUGGGAAGUCGAGGUACAGCAGAGACAAAGGUGGCGGCCGGAGAGGGCCGCGUGCUGGGGACGGAGAACGCCAACGAGAGGAAGACGGAAUCCAGAGAGAAGGAGGAAACGCGUCGAGAAUCGUCUCGUCAGGACGAGCAUGCUGUCGGCGUCGCGUCGGUGCCGAGGGCAGAGGUGCUACGCAUGCUCCGGAAGCAGGGGCAUCUCAGGCAAAAGGCCAUGGCAUCCGACGCCUUACGGCCAAUUCUCAUCGACCAGCAUUUUACAAAGGGUGAGGGCGACAUUGGACCCGGUUCGUGCGAAGGCAGAAGCGAGGGUAAAGUCGUUCGAAGAACGGAAGAAGCGAGCUCGGGAUGGCAAGGCGACCCUAAUGCGCAUGCUCCGUCAGAUGCGUGGCGUGCGGAGCUCAAUAUCUCGAGGAAGGCGAACAGAGGGGAUGGCAGGGAAUGGUCACGGUUUCACCACCAUGUGCUCAUCCGCACCUCGGACGACCUCCCGCUUUACUGCUGUCUUUGCCGGCGUAGGAAGUGGGAAGCGGCGAGGCUGUCCAGACUCAAAGGCGAACACGCGAUGCGCACUUCCUGGGAAGCGGUUUUGAGCGAAAGGCAGGAGAUCCUCGAGCCGAUGGUCGAGGCUGUAAUGAAAUGUGCGUUGUCCAUGGACCGUGCGCUCUGUGACAACGACAAGGGCUCGUGGGCCGUGCUGCAUUGUCUGGAGAACUUGCUGCGAGCUCUAGAGGAAUUCCAAGACGGACCCGCCCGCAACAGGAGACGAUCCCGCCGAGUCUCUGUGGGCCCAUCUGGGUUUGGUGUUGCAACGUUACCGAACAAGACUUCCGGGAAGCCGAAGAAUGAAGAAAUAGGGCAAGCAUCCGCUACUAAGGUUGAAUCUGCACCAAAAUCUGCUUCGGGGAAUGGGUCUGUGUCGACGGCCGUAAUGGCGGCAGGGCAGAUGAGCGCAGCAGUCGCUCGCGGACGGCGGCGAGGCUUCGCGGAAUUCAGCGAACAGGCGCAGGCAAUUGCCACCAGGUACUACGACCGCCCUCGAGACAACCUAUUAACAGCCGCAAGGGCAACUGCCUCGUGGUCCCGACUGCGAGAAGUUUGGUUCCAGACCGAGGAGAACGACUUAGACGGCUUGGACGAAGCAAAGGCUUCGUCACUUGAGGCAUGUGUGGUGGAGACUUUGGACAAAGAGCGAGAGACAUGGGAGCUGCAGGAAAACGAGCGGAGGAGCAUGUUUGCGCAAGAAGAGUCGCAGCGCAGGGACGACGAGGCCUUGCGUCGAGCAGCAGAAGCCGUCCCUUGCAAGACGCAGGAGGUCGGGCACCGCGCUUUUUGCGCCCUGAUCGACACCAUGGAGCGGCGAUCCCAAGCUCUGGGCAGGCUUCGGUGGGAACUGACGGCCAGUCUCGGAGACAUGCAGACUAUGACGACCAGAGUGAGAGACGCGGCGACAGGGAAGCGUUACGUGUGCCGGCUGCUACCGUGUCGGAGCCAAGAGGAGGUGGAGUUCUUGCUGAAGGAGGCGUACCGUACCCAGGAAAUUCGCAACCCAUACCUCGUGAAAAUUCACAGUGCCCACCCUCACCGCAUCGCCACGUACGACGAGAGGGGCGUGCAAACAACGGGGGGGAAAGUGGUGCUCAUACAGGCAGAGUUCUGCGCUGGUGGCUCCCUGCAGAAUCACCUCAACCUGCUGCUAGGCUCCAGCGGAGAAACGAGCACCGCAGGUCGUAGCUUCGACAGAGAGGUAGAGCGGCGGAAAGUGUACACGCCCGAGGCGGAAUCGAUGCUCAAGGCUGAAGAGGAGGAGAAAAAGCGACGAAAGGCUACAAACGCUCCUUCUUCAACCGCCAACAAGAUCGCCGGUCGCAGCGUACCCUGGCGAGAACCUCUGGGGACCCGUGGAGCAGCGCAAGGCGGCACGCUUUCGCAACGCCUGGAAGUUUGGGUCCGACAGGUUGCACAUGGUCUUUCUGCACUACACGCCGACGGUGGGAUGCACCGCAACAUCAACGCUCAAAACGUGUUUCUCGACGAGAGAGGCAGGGCGAAGCUUGGCGGCUACCAGUUCCUGAAGGGGGCAACCAGCAACUUUGCCGGAUCGCUUGCAAUGCACGAGGGGUUCGGAUGCGCUGCCUACGCCCCACCAGAGUUCGAACUGCGUGGCGAAACCUCUCCUAAGGGUGAUAUGUGGUCGUUAGGCUGCGCUCUGUACAAGUGGACGACAGGCAAGGAGUUUGCCUACGUCGCUGCCGGCGCGCGUCUGCAGGAUACUCUCCACCUCGUUCCGCCUAGUUACGGAGACAAGGUCAAGGCCGUCCUAUUCAUGUGCUUGCAGCGUGAUCCUACCGUUAGGGUGACGUCCACGGAUCUCUGGAAGUUCAUGGCGACGUCUGGAGACAGCACUGUUGCAAAUCCUGUUCAAGUUUCUUCAGAUCCACCCGUUGCUCAGUAG